GGACGCUGCGUUUCCGCCUCGUCCCGGGCAGCGGCGGCUCCGCGCCGUGGCUCAGCGCGCCCCGGGGUGCAGCCGGGGGCCGGUUUCGCCGGGGUGCGAGAGCGGGGCCGGGCCGGAGGGCAGCAGCCUAGAAACACAGCAACGUGAACUGCACGAGGUGAAUUCCACCGAAAUCCAGCCUCCUGAAGCAGGUAUAGUUUCAAAGCUGGCAAGAGUCUGUUCUGGAGAAGGUGUGAUCUCUGCCUCUCCCCCAGCCUGGUGCCAUGGCUGACACCAUUUUUGGCAGCGGGAUGGGGCAAUGGGUGUGCCCCAACGACCGGCAACUGGCCCUGCGUGCCAAGCUCCAGACAGGCUGGUCAGUGCACACAUUUCAGACUGAGAAGCAGAGGAAGAUGCAGGCUCUGAGCCCACGGGAACUUGAGGUCAUUCUGGAAGUCAUCCGCAAGGCGGAGGAAUUGGACAUCAUCGAGCAGCAGCGCAUUGGGCGCCUGGUAGAGCGGCUGGAGAACAUGAGGAAGAACGUGAUGGGCAACGGCCUCUCGCAGUGUCUGCUCUGUGGGGAGAUGCUCGGGCUGCUGGGCAGUACCUCUGUCUUCUGUCAGGACUGCAAAAAGAAAGUUUGCACCAAGUGUGGAAUAGAAACCUUUGGAGCUCAGAAACGUCCUCUUUGGUUGUGCAAGAUCUGCAGUGAACAGAGAGAGGUCUGGAAAAGGUCUGGUGCGUGGUUCUACAAAGGGCUGCCCAAGUACAUCACCCCUUUGAAGAGCAGCAGCAAAUGCAGCGAGCUGCCCUCGCAGCCUUGGCAAAGCGAGGCAGCCGUGCCGCAGGCAGCGAGCGUCGGGACCAGCCGAUCCUUCACCUGGGCCAGGGGAAAAGUGGUUUCUAGCGACAGUGAGAGUGAGUCGGAGCUCAGUUCCUCCAGCCUGGAUGACAAGCCCUUACCUGUGGGAUCAAAAGGUUCACAGGGCAGAAAGCACCAAGCAGGACUGGCACCCAUCGGGGAAUCCAGCCAGGCUGUGGGCAGGGCUCUGGGGACCCCCCACUCCCCUGUGCUCUCGGGGAGCCACAGCAGCCUGGGCAGCGAGCAGGGGGCUGCCCUCAGCGCCACCGAGAGCUGCCAGAGCGACAGCGACAUGGGCAGCAGAGUCCCUGGCAAACAGUGCAUCCACACCAGAAGGCGACGCUGACGGAGGACAAGACGGAGCUGCUGUGUCUGGAGCCAACACUCACCCCUUGCCCACUCCUGUAGACCUCACUCCAGAUGCUGACUGCUGCUGCUGCUGACUUUAUGAUGCUGACACUUGCACAGACAUUAGCAACACGAUGGCACCUGGGAAAAGCACCUGCCUGUCCUCCCUGCCUCGGUGACCUGGUUUAUGGUUUGGUCUGGUUUCCCCUCCUGCUGACUGACAUGCACUUUGGGGUGCUGUGUGGUGCUGCCGUGGGGUCCAGACCUGUGUUGGUUGGAAGGGGCAUGUUGAAGUGCUCACUGGAGCUGAAGAAAUGUGUGUGGCCUCCACUGUUCUGGCUUGCCAAGCCCAGCCUUGAGUUCAGCCUCCUGACUUUGCAGUCUUUAGGAGAAAGUGAAAUUCGUCCCUAUGUCCCUCAAAUGGGGUGUGAGGAGACCGCAGCCCUUCUUCUGCUUCUCAGUCCAAGGGUGAAUUUCCUUCUGUGACCCCCAAGGGUGAGAGUAGUGCUCUGAUUUGCACUUGACUCCUGUGAGCACAGGGUGUCACCUCUUGUGUUUCUUGUCAUCCACGUUCUGGUUUGAAGUGGUAUGAGUUUGGGGGGAGCAUCUUGAAUCAGCUGCUGAAGUUGUGCUCCCGCUGAGGUCUCUCUCUGGUAGGGCUGACUGCUCAGAGAGACACUUCAGUUUCUUUAGUAACACUCAGAGGAAUUUGCAGUGAAUUUUUUGGUCCCUUUGGAUGUGCACUGGCCUGUGUUUCCUGUGAGGAGGGGGAUGCUUUGGCAGUGGGAUCAUGAGCAGUAUGUUUGUGCUGCAGCUCUUGGGUGGGAGAACACCCACUACCCCAUGGCCCAGCUGGCUACCCAAGUUAGAUAAAAGCUUUUAGAUUACUUGAUCUUGUUAAGCUCUGCAAAUUAUCCUCCUACAUGCACACCUGUUAUCUCUUGCCUUUGUGUUACCUUUUUCCUUCAAGUCUUGAGCAUCUGACUGACUGUGAUGGUGGUGUUCAUGGUCAGGCUGUAGAAAGCGGUGUGCCCUGCUCCUGCUUGUUCUCUGGGAUGGACAAUUUCCCUCUGAGGCCUGACAGGUGAGAAAAAACAAAUUACCUGACAUCUCUGGAGCAAUUAAAUCUUUAAAAGCCAGAGCAAAACCCACACUAGGCAAGCAGGGAGUCUGUAGAUAUUAUUCAGUACUUUGGAUCUGACCCCUCUUUUGGUGAAGAACCAAAGGAUUCCAAAAAGUUCCCUCUGAAAUCAUGGAUUUAAAAGUAAUUUGUGCCUGUUAAUGUUAGCCUUUUCCCUUGGUUAUUACUCUUCUGUUCUCCUUUGCUGCUGGGCACUUUGUGCACAUGUAGUAUAUGCUCUUACAAAUGGCUGCAGUAUGAAGAUAAAUGAGAUUGGGUGCUGGAACACUCUUGAGGAGAUCGGAAAUCAAUCCUUGACUUUAAAUGAACGUGGUCCAACAGAGGACUGUUCUUUUGCUACUUUUCCAGCUAAUGUGCAAUGGCAGAUUGUUGGGAAGAUCCUUCCAGCUCUUCCCCUGUGAUCUGUUUCUGCCCUUUUAAAAAUGAAAACAAAAGCUUUGGAUGAUGUGGGCUUUUGGAGACAGAGAAACUGCUGAACGUGGGCUUCACAACACUGCUGUUGAAGGGAGCAAGGGAUGAGGCUGUUCUCCACUGAGAGCUGUUUCAUGUCAUGAUCUGUGGUGUUUGAACAUGGCCAUUGAGACUCAACCAGCUGCAUCCCUGAAAGUUAUUAGUUGUCUCUGAGAAAGUAGAUCCAAAGGUCAGCUUCUGCUGGGAUGUGGGUGUGAUUUCAGAGCUGAAGUCAUGCUGUGUCUUCCAAGAGCUGUAGGACCUUCAGUUUCAGAAGGAUUUUGCCACUAAAGAAGUCCUUUCUUGCCUUGGAGCUUUUGACAGUCCUGCUGAAGCUGUCUUGCUUGUGCUGUCGUUACUGCAGUGCUUCAGCCAGCCUGGCCUGCCAGCCUAAGUUAAUUCUAGGAAAGAAGGAGAAAGAAUAAAACCCACUUGAAAAUAGAUUCUCUUUUCUUUAAACCUGUUGCUUUCACAUCAAAAACUCUACAGUGAGCUACGAAGAGUUUUUCAAAUUGAGCAUGUAGUUUCUAGCUUUUAUAGUGUCUCUUGUUCUUCAUUCCUGGGCAGUGUAGGCAGGUCAGUCAUGUUUUCACCCCCGCUCUCGCUUCCCACAGGUUGCCAGCUCAGCCCAGGAACCUGGUUAUCCUUGCUGGUUUACUGUGCUGCUUUGAGGCAUGAGUUUGAUUUCUAACUGAGACUAGGUUUUAUGAAGCACUCUCAGAGAUAAAUGUGGGACAGCUCUUGUACCAGGGAGACUGGAAACCUUUCUUUCUUACCUCUCGAUUUUACCACCAUGGGGUAAUUCACCUGAGUUCAAACCAGAACUGUUCAGUCAUCUAUGGAAAAACUCCUCAGAUCAAGGGAAGAGUCCAGCCCAGGAGAAUGUGAUCUAGCUUUGAAUGUAGUAGAGGAACACCUUCAGCUCUGUGCAUGGGUUUUUUUUGUGUUAAAGACCACUUUUCCCUUUGUUACAUCUUUCUUGUGUUUUGUAGCUCUCCUUGGGAUAGUAUCUUAAACCUGUACCAGUUGGCUGAAAAUAGGCAAGAAGGGCUCAGUGAACAGUGCUCAGCCUGCUCUGGUUGUUUGUGUUUCAUUUGUUAUUUUGUUGUGCUCACCUCCAUCCCUUACAGUUUUUAUGUACUGUUUUACUACUGAAAACAAUAAAGCUGUGGCUCAGUAACAACUGCUUGCCAUUCUUGAAA